UUUAAUCCCGGCCCGUCCCUCUGAGGCGGGUUUAACCCCGGCCCGUCCCUCUGGGGCGGGAUUAACCCCGUCCGGGAAGCGGAAGCGGCGGCGCUGCGGGGCCGCAGGGGCCGGGCCGGGCCGGGCCGCACCCGCCGAGCGCGGCCGCAGUGGCGGCGAUGCAUCACUGCAGGAGGUUCCGGUCCCCGGAGCAGGACGGCGAGCUGGGGCACCGGUGGAAGCGGCGGCGGUCGCGGAGCAGGGAGUACGAGGGCAGGCUGCGGUACCCGCCCCGCAGGGACCUCUCCCGGAGAUCGCGAUCCAGGAGCCAUGAGAGGAUGCCUUACCAGCGCCGAUGCCGGCGGGACAGCGAUGCCUACAGGUUCGAGGAGCGCAGCCCAUCCUUCGGGGAGGAAUAUUACCCGGCACGCUCACGUAACUGGCGGCGCUCCCGGGGCAGGGAGCAGCACCGGCCCAAGAGAUACCAGCACCACUGCCGGAGACGCAGGAGCAGGUCUUGUAGCAGUGCCUCCUCGAGAAGCCAACAGAGCAGUAAGCGCAGCAGGAGCGUGGAAGAUGACAAGGAAGGUCACCUGGUGUGCAGGAUCGGCGAUUGGCUUCAAGAGCGAUAUGAAAUCGUCGGCAGCCUUGGCGAAGGCACUUUUGGAAAAGUGGUGGAGUGCGUGGACCACGCCAGAGGCAAAUCACAGGUGGCACUGAAAAUCAUAAAGAACGUUGGGAAAUACCGAGAGGCUGCCAGGCUGGAAAUCAAUGUCCUGAAGAAAAUCAAAGAGAAGGACAAGGAGAACAAGUUCCUGUGCGUCCUGAUGUCGGACUGGUUCAACUUCCACGGCCACAUGUGCAUUGCCUUUGAACUCCUGGGCAAGAACACGUUCGAGUUCCUCAAAGAGAACAACUUCCAGCCGUACCCCCUGCCGCAGAUCCGGCACAUGGCCUACCAGCUCUGCCAUGCCCUGAGAUUUCUCCACGACAACCAGCUGACUCACACCGACCUCAAGCCAGAAAACAUCCUGUUUGUAAACUCGGAUUUUGACACUCUGUACAACGAGAACAAGAGCUGUGAGCAGAAAUCCAUCCGGAACACGAGCAUCCGUGUGGCCGACUUCGGCAGCGCCACCUUCGACCACGAGCACCACACCACCAUCGUGGCCACCCGGCAUUACCGGCCCCCUGAAGUCAUUCUGGAGCUGGGCUGGGCACAGCCAUGUGAUGUUUGGAGCACUGGCUGCAUUCUGUUUGAGUAUUACCGUGGCUUCACACUCUUCCAGACCCAUGAGAACCGUGAGCAUCUUGUCAUGAUGGAAAAAAUCCUGGGGCCACUGCCGUCUCACAUGGUCCACAGAACUCGGAAGCAGAAAUACUUCCACAAUGGUAACCUGGUGUGGGAUGAGAACACGUCCGAUGGCAGAUACGUCCAGGAGAACUGCAAGCCCCUACGGACGUACAUGCUGCACGACUCGCUGGAGCACGCUCAGCUCUUUGACCUGAUGAGGAGGAUGCUGGAAUUCGACCCCUCGCAGCGGAUCACGUUCUCAGAGGCCCUCCUGCACCCCUUCUUUGCUGGGCUCUCGGCAGAGGAGCGGAUGCUGUGCGGGCGCGGCGCCAGCCGGGACUUGAGCAGAUGACGGCCGGGAUCCCUCGGGAUGGAUCCCUCGGGAUGGAUCCCUCUGGCCUCUGCAGCUCGGCCCCGCUCUCCUCCCUGAGUCCGCAGGGGCUGGGGCACUGCCACAAGGACCCUGGGGAGGGGAAGGGGAAGGAAAGCUCCAUUGGAAAGCACAGAUUUGUCUAUUUAUAUGUUGUAAAGUUAAAAUAAAGUGUUUCUUAUUGUUUGAUA